AUGAAAUUAAAAGACGCUUGCUUCACAGUAGGAGGCUUCGCCCCUAUGACCCCCCGGAUCAGCAGCCCUAUGCACCCCAGUGCUGGAGGUCAGCGCGGUGGCUUUGGCAGCCCAGGUGGCGGCAGUGGUGGCAUGAGCAGGGGCCGAGGGCGGAGAGACAACGAGCUCAUCGGCCAGACUGUGCGCAUCUCCCAGGGGCCCUACAAAGGCUACAUUGGUGUGGUAAAGGAUGCCACGGAGUCCACUGCCCGCGUGGAGCUGCACUCCACCUGCCAGACCAUCUCAGUGGACCGCCAGCGCCUCACCACCGUGGGCUCACGGCGCCCCGGCGGCAUGGCCUCGACCUAUGGGCGGACACCCAUGUAUGGCUCCCAGACGCCCAUGUACGGCUCUCAGACGCCCCUGCAUGACGGCAGCCGCACUCCUGCCCAGAGUGGGGCCUGGGAUCCAAACAACCCCAACACACCAUCACGGGCUGAGGAAGAAUAUGAGUAUGCCUUUGAUGAUGAGCCUACCCCAUCCCCACAGGCCUACGGGGGCACCCCCAACCCCCAAACACCUGGCUACCCAGACCCCUCGUCCCCGCAGGUCAACCCACAGUACAACCCACAGACUCCAGGGACACCAGCCAUGUGCAGCACAGACCAGUUUUCCCCCUAUGCGGCCCCCUCCCCGCAAGGCUCCUACCAGCCCAGCCCCAGCCCUCAGAGCUACCACCAGGUGGCGCCAAGUCCAGCAGGCUACCAGAAUACCCACUCCCCAGCCAGCUACCACCCCACACCCUCGCCAAUGGCAUAUCAGGCCAGCCCCAGCCCGAGCCCCGUGGGCUACAGUCCGAUGACACCUGGAGCUCCUUCCCCUGGUGGCUACAACCCGCACACGCCGGGCUCAGGCAUUGAACAGAACUCCAGCGACUGGGUGACCACUGACAUCCAGGUGAAGGUGCGGGACACCUACCUGGAUACACAGGUGGUGGGGCAGACGGGAGUCAUCCGCAGUGUCACGGGAGGCAUGUGUUCUGUGUACCUGAAGGACAGUGAGAAGGUCGUCAGCAUCUCUAGUGAGCACCUGGAGCCCAUCACCCCCACCAAGAACAACAAGGUGAAGGUGAUCCUGGGUGAGGAUCGGGAAGCCACAGGUGUCCUGCUGAGCGUUGAUGGCGAGGAUGGCAUUGUCCGCAUGGACCUUGACGAACAGCUCAAUCUCAACCUCCGCUUCCUGGGGAAGCUCCUGGAGGCCUAAAAGCAGGCAGGGUGGACUUUGGCAGAUAAUCUGGCAGAUGGAAAGCAUCCCUCUUUCCAUCCCUGGCCCUUGGCUCUGACUCGGGAUCCAGGGCCAGGAGCAGGGCUAGCCUGGUGGUUCAGGAUUUCUUUUAUUUUCCUUUCUGCGUUCCUAUCUCCCUCCCUGAUAUUCAUGGGAAUCAGAGUAGAGUCUGGGGGAGGGUCCCCACCUUCUUAUUCCCCACCUUCUCCAGCUUGCUUUUGUGUUACGGUCUUUCAAUAAAAAACUGUUUGGUCAAAAAAA